CCGGACGAACUGACCAACGCUCUGGAGAUCAGUAACAUCGUGUUCACCAGCCUCUUCGCUCUGGAGAUGCUGCUCAAGGUUUUAGUCUACGGGCCGUUCGGAUACAUCAAGAACCCGUACAACAUCUUCGACGGCAUCAUCGUGGUCAUCAGUGUGUGGGAGAUCGUGGGUCAGCAGGGCGGGGGUCUCUCGGUGCUGAGGACCUUCAGACUGAUGCGGGUUCUGAAGCUGGUUCGCUUCAUGCCGGCUCUGCAGAGACAGCUGGUGGUUCUGAUGAAGACCAUGGACAACGUGGCCACCUUCUGCAUGCUGCUGAUGCUCUUCAUCUUCAUCUUCAG